AAGUAAUAGUAAAAAAACAGUAAAAAAAUUAAUAAAACUUAAACCAAUCAUUUAAAAAAAAGUUCAAAAUUAUUUUAAGCAAAAUAAAUUCAAAGUGAUGAGUGAGCAUGCGCAAGAAACUAAGACGACAAUUGCACCAGAAGAAGAGCCGAUCCAUUUGGAACGCAUUCAGGAGCUGCAAGAUAUAGCGAAUCGUUUACGGAUUCAUGCUAUACGAGCAACACAGGCAUCUAAGUCAGGCCAUCCCACGUCCUGCUCUUCUAUCGCCGACAUACUUGCCGUAUUGUUUUUUAACGUCAUGCGUUUGGAUAUGAAGGAACCACGCAAUCCGGCAAGUGAUCGACUGGUGCUUUCGAAAGGUCACGCUGCACCCAUACUCUAUGCUGCUUGGGCAGAAGCUGGACUCUUUCCCGUGGAUAAUCUACAAAAUUUACGGAAAUUCGAUUCCGAUCUUGAGGGUCAUCCUACACCUCGACUGAAUUUCAUCGAUAUUGGUACUGGCUCUCUGGGUCAAGGUGUAGCGGUUUCGGCUGGCAUGGCUUAUAUAGGAAAGAAUAUUGAUAAAGCUGAUUAUAGGACCUAUUGUAUUGUCGGCGAUGGUGAAUCAGCCGAGGGCUCCAUUUGGGAGUCUAUAAAUUUCGCCAGCUUUUACAAGUUAGACAAUCUUUGUGUUAUAUUCGACAUAAAUCGGUUGGGUCAAUCCGAUCCCACACAGCUACAGCAUGGUAUGGAUAUUUAUGAGAAACGCUUGGACGCUUUCGGCUUCCACACCCUUGUUGUGGACGGUCAUAAUACCGUAGAACUAAUCAAUGCCUUUGAGGCGGCAGCAAGUACCAAAGGCAAGCCGACGGCCAUUCUUGCGCGAACAUUGAAAGGCAAGGGAUUUCCCGGAAUAGAAGAUCAAGAAAAUUGGCAUGGUAAGCCGUUGGGUGAUAAAGCCUGUGAUUGCAUAAGGAAGCUCGAAUAUUCGAUCAUCAAUCGGUCACCCUGCCCAGUGGCGCUCAAACCGCGAACAAACGCUGGAAUGACAGUACCUGAGGUUAAUAUUAGCAAUGUAAAAUUGGACACACCACCGGCCUACAAAUUAGGAGAACCAGUAGCAACGCGUGUAGCAUAUGGCACAGCACUGACUAAAAUUGCAGCCGGAUGUGAUCGGGUGAUAGCGCUCGACGGUGAUACGAAAAACUCCACCUACUCAGAGAAGCUAAAACAAAAAUUUCCAGACCGUUUCGUUGAAUGUUACAUUGCUGAGCAAAAUCUUGUUGGCGUAACCAUCGGUGCCACAUGUCGCAACCGCACAAUCGCUUUUGCUUCUACGUUUGGUGCUUUUCUAACUCGCGCCUUUGAUCAAAUCCGCAUGGGGGCCAUUUCGCAGGCAAACGCUAAUUUUUGUGGCUCGCACUGUGGCGUAAGCAUAGGCGAGGAUGGCCCUUCACAGAUGGCGCUCGAGGACAUUGCCAUGUUUCGUGCCAUACCAGGCAGCACUGUCUUCUACCCGUCUGAUGCUGUCAGCUGUGAACGUGCUGUGGAGUUGGCAGCAAAUACGCCGGGUAUUUGUUUUAUACGCACAUCCAGACCAAGUACAGCCGUCAUUUACAAAAACGAAGAAGUGUUUCAGGUGGGCAUAGGUAAAGUGAUCAGGCAAUCGCGCAAAGAUAGAGUACUCCUAAUCGGCGCAGGCGUAACGUUAUAUGAAUGUUUGUCUGCUGCGAAUGAUUUGGAAAAAGUCGGUAUAAAAGUGCGUGUUAUAGAUCCUUUCACUAUAAAACCGUUAGAUGCUGGCUUGAUAAUGGUGAAUGCACGUGUAUGCCAAGGACGCAUCAUUGUGGUUGAAGAUCAUUACCAAGAGGGUGGCUUGGGCGAAGCUGUUCUGAGUGCGCUUGCGAUGGAACGCGAUAUGGAAGUGAAACAUUUAUAUGUACCGCAUGUGCCUCGCUCCGGGCCGCCGGCAGUGCUGCUUGAUAAAUUUGGUAUUUCAUCGCGUCAUAUAAUCGAAGCUGUGUCCAAUUACAUGGAAUGCAAAUGCGCAUCUUCGCUCGAGGACUAAAACCUUCAAAUGUUUACAGUUAUGUAUUUUGGUAUAAAUAUAGGGAAGCUCCCCUAAAGAAGAAGAAGAAGAUCCCUCAAAAUAUGGAUUGAAUAAUAUUUUAUUGAAAUUCAAAUUAAAGAAAUAAAUUAAAUGUCAACCGGAAGACGGAACUACCAAUAAAAAUUAAUCGAGUUAUUUAGUCGAUAACAAAAGCUUUGGAAUAAGAGAGAUGUUACACACCACCGUACAUCAUUUUAACUUAAUUCUUUGUUAUUUGUGCUCGAAAUGAUUGGGAAAAAUAAACUAUAACAAUAAAAUUUUAUAUUUAAA